AUGGCCGCACCCCCCAAGCCCUCAGGAUUGAAGGCUCCGUCCAAAAUUUCUAAGCCUUCUGGGUUACCCCAGCCUAAAUCAGGAAUACCAGCACCAGGAGCUAAGGCUCAAAGUCCUGAUCGUCCAAUGAGUCCUCCACCACCUACAGAUGAUUUUAUAAUUGGCGACCGUGUUUGGGUCGGUGGGAACAAGCCUGGAGUUAUUGCUUUUCUAGGAGAGACAAGUUUUGCCCCUGGUGAAUGGGCUGGUGUUGUAUUAGACGAAAUGGUUGGAAAAAAUGAUGGCUCCGUUGCAGGAGUGCGCUAUUUCCAAUGUGAACCAAAAUAUGGUGUCUUUGCUCGGAUAUCCAAGUUGACUCGCACUCAACAGACCCCCAAAACAGAAGCUGGUUCAAUUCCAAGUACUGCUAAUGGCACCCCUAUUGGAGGGCUCCCACUUAGCCGAGGAGUUACCCCUCGAUCUGGACUUGCAGGCAGCCGUGGCUCCUCUACGUCUACAUCUAGCCUCAACAAAAUCUCUCCAACUACUUCAUCAUUAAAUCUUUCCAAAGAAACAGGACAAAGCCCAUCCAAGUAUAUGUUGAAGGUCGGCGAUCGUGUUCUAGUCAGUGGGACAAAACCUGGAACCCUUCGUUACAUUGGAGUUACUGAUUUUGCUAAGGGAGACUGGGCAGGUGUGGAGCUUGAUGAUAAGCUUGGCAAAAAUGAUGGUGCUGUUGCUGGCAAAAGAUAUUUUGAUUGUAAACCCCAAUAUGGAUUAUUUGCUCCUGUACACAAAGUAACACGUCUGAUGGGUGGUAUGCCUAGCCCUAACACCCGAUCCCUGGCUAACACAAGUCUUCGUUUAUCGCGUGAACGCAGUGGCAGCCAGGAAUCUCAUCUCCCACUAAUACCCCUACAUGGGCAUGGGCAGCUCCUUCUGCUUCUUUGGUGUCUCCUCUGCAUCUGCUACCCUUCAGUGGGUGCGGGCAGCUUCUCCACCUUCCUUGUUUUCUCACCUUGA